AUGCUUAACCAAGCUGCCAAGGAUAGCUCAACUGCUGCAUCAACUCGUAUUGGAAUAAGAGAAAAUCUUAACCAAUCAAAUGUGUCAUCUGCUGGAGUUGCUGGAGUGACUGGAGCAAGUCGAACUACUGAAGUUCAUCAUGGUUCUUCUGAAGAAAGUGAUAGUACUACAGCAAAUCACACUAAUGAGAGUGGCAUUCCGCAAACCCUUGAAGCUUCCAGCCAAAAUCAGAAUCUGAUUGCAGCUGAAGGCUCAACCGGUAACCUUCAGGAGGAUACAUCAGUCAAAGCUUCCGUCCCUAAGAGAAGACGUGGUCAAACAAUGGGUAAGGGACUUAUGAAAGCAUUUGAUGCCUCUGGAAAGAAAUUGAAGAUAGAUGUGGAUCCACUGACAGGCCGGCCCAAAAGUCGAGAGCAAUCUGCAAAGCUCUCAAGUCAAAUUGGUGUAGUAGCUCGAGAUGUCCUUAGAGUGCCAAGAAAAUGGAAAGAAAUGGCUGAAGAAAAAUUUUUGGAACCAGGCAUCGAUCAUAUAAAGAUUCAUAUGGAUGUUAACUUGGAUGCACCGGGUGUGAGGCAUUGCUUGGUUGAUAGGAUGAAAUCUAGUUCUCGACAAGUUCGUCACAGGUUGCAUAAGCAUUACAAGAAGUAUGCAACCCUGCAAGAGGCUAAGAAUAAUAAGCCACCAUUUUGUGUUAGUAAAGAAAAUUGGGACGAACUCUGUGAUUAUUUUGCAUCAGCUAAGUUCAAGCAUCAAAGUUCAAUUAACUCUAUGAAUCGACAAAUGUUAAGGAUCCCGCAUAUAUCUGGCAGAACUCCUUUUUCUACACUUCAACAUGAAAUUGCUCAGAAGAAUACUGCCAAUGGGGAUGCUAAUGAAGAUGCUAAUGGAGAUGCUAAUGGUGAUGCUGGGGACAUAAUUGAGUUCUACAAACUCACACAUUCCACUGACAAACGUGGUUGGUCAAAUAAUGAGGCAAAAGAAAAUUGGGUGAUUCUACUCUUUGAUGUUGAUGGAUAUAUCGAGACUUUUCAGCAAAACUAG